AUGCAUGAUCUUGUCAAAAGUCACAUGAUGCACGGUCCUUGUGGCAGCUUACGAGAAAAAAGUCCAUAUAUGCAGGGUGUGCCAAAAAUAUGUCGUUUCAGAUAUCCUAGGCAAAUCAAUGAAAAGAUAUCACAAGGAGAGGAAUCAUAUCCAUUAUAUAGAAGGAGAAAUAAUGGAAUUGAGGUGACUGUAAGAAAUACAACAUUGGAUAACAGAUGGGUGGCUCCAUACAACCCAAAGUUGUUAAUGAUGUUUAAUUGUCAUAUCAAUGUUGAGGUUUGUUCGAGUAUAAAGUCUGUGAAGUACCUCUUCAAAUAUGUUUAUAAGGGCCAUGACAAACAAGUUAUCCAUAUUGAUAAAGACCAAGAAAAUAUUGUUAUUAAUGAGAUACGAAAGUUUCAAGAUGCACGUUAUGUAUCCCCUCCCGAGGCAUUAUGGCGAGUUUUUAGCUUUCCUCUUUCAAAAAUCCACCCUUGUGUGAUGGCCUUGCAAAUACAUCUCCCGAAUCAACAGUUGGUUAGGUUCAAAGACGGUGACAGAAUGGAAGACAUUGUUGAUAGGGAGAAAGGAAAAAAUUUAAUGUUGACGGCAUUUUUCAAGAAGAAUAAAGAAUAUUCCAAUGCGAGAAAAUAUUUGUAUAAGGAUUUUCCCAAACAUUUUACAUGGAAUCGGAGCAACCAUUGUUGGAGGACCAGGGAACGUAAAUCAAUGAUUGGUCGACUUGUUUAUGCUAAUCCAGCUGAAGGAGAGAGAUACUAUCUACGCCUGCUUUUAUGUCAUAUUACUAGGCCUACCUGCUUUGAAGAUUUAUACACAGCCAAUGGUGUAUUACACCCUACAUUUCGAAAAGCAGCUCUUGAAAGAGGUUUAAUAGAGACCGAUGAUAAUUUAUCACAAUGUCUUGUAAAGGCUUCCUUAUUUCAAUUUCCCAGCGCACUUAGAAGGUUAUUUGCGACGAUGCUGAUUUUUUGUGAACCAGGAAAUGUUCGCAAGUUAUGGGACGACCACUAUGAUUCUCUUUCUGAAGAUUAUAGGAAACAAUAUCGACGUGUCGAACGAGUGCAAAAUAUGGUCCUCAUCGACAUUAGAGUCUUCCUAGAAUCUAUGAGUAAAAAGCUUAGUGAUUACGACCUUCCAAAUGUCAGUGCACACAUCGAUUUACAAUCAAGAGGCUAUCGUGAGGUGCAAGAAGAAUACUCUAUAAAUGUGGAAAAUGAACAUUUACAUGCACGGGACUCUCUCAAUCCAGACCAAAAGUUUACAUAUGAUGAGAUAAUGAGGCAUGUGGAUGAAAAUAUUCCGGGUGUGUUCUUCAUAGAUGGUCCCGGUGGAACUGUAAAUACAUUUUUGUACAAAGAUUUGUUGGCCAAUAUUCGUGCCCGUGGUCUUAUUGCACUUGCAACUGACACGUCAGGUGUUACGGCUAACAACAUGCCAGGAGGGAGAACAACUCAUUCACGAUUUGGAAUUCCCCUCAAUCUUGAUAAUAACUCGAUGUGCAAGAUCACUAAACAAAGCGGGAAGGCUCAGCUACUUCGCGAGGCAAAGGUAAUCAUAUGGGAUGAAGCUGCAAUGGCUAAGAGGCAGUUGAUCGGACAAUGCAAGACAUCACAGAUGAGAAGCUCCCUUUCGGUGGAAAGAUAA